CCAGAUCUAUUCUACAUUGAAACUUGGUGCCAACAUCAACUGGUGUUUGCAGCGAUGGUGUGGGAUGUUACGGUGAUGGUGACGAUCAGCGAUGGUGCCGGCAUUCUUCUUCUUCAGCAGUCUCUUAACCAUCAGAUCGUCUUCUUCAUUCUCUCCAGAAGCAGCAUGGUUGGCGUGGUCUCUUGGCAUCCAAUCUUGUUGAUUGUUGGGAUAGCAACGGCGACGGAGACGAAGAAGAAGACGUCGAAAUCAAAGACAAAGACCAUUCUAUUCUCGAUCAUUGGUUCAGUGAUUUACCAAAUUAAAGGUGACAAGAGUACAAGAACCCUAAUGGGCCUCUCAUCUUCAAUGCCAAUGUCACCACAACCACUCCAACGACAUUCUGAAUCAGAAAGUAGUGACGCUCUUACCACUUGAUAAAUUUGAUUCAG